AUGUAUCAAAAAGCAGUUAUUCAAAAUGUGGUAUCUACAGCCAGUCUGUUAGAAAAUAACAACAAAUUAGAUCUUGCGCAGCUUGCAUCUAAGAUUCCUAAUGCUAGAUAUCGUCCUGAGCGCUUUUCUGCUCUAACAAUUAAAAUUAAAGAGCCAAUAAUGGCUACAGCACUACUUUUUGCGAAUGGAAGAAUAGUUUGUGUCGGAACAAAAUCAGUAAAUGACUCUAAAACCGCCAUCAUAUAUUUUGUCAAACUAAUUUCUGUGGCAUCAACAAUAUUAAUUAAUAUGAGAGAUUUCAUUAUUCAAAAUAUGGUCUCUUCUUUUACAUUUUCAGGAACUCUAAAUUUACCAGGUAUUUUGAUUUUUACUUAA